AUCCUGAAGUUAGCAAAGACCGGGAUUCCAUAGCAUGGCUGAGAAAGAGGAAGCGUGACGUUUGGUUGUUGCCUGGCAACGGAUGAUGCUAAGAUGGCGACCGCAGUAAUUGAGGAACAACUGCGCAAGUGCGGCUACAAGAGAAACUUGGAUGUGGCUGAGCUAUAUCUUGGCAGAAAAGGGUUAAAGGAGGUAACAGAUUUAUCAAGGUUUCGGAUGCUAAAGUUCUUGUGGCUCAAUCACAAUAAGAUCACAAGAAUUACAUGUUUAUCCAAUAACUGGCAACUCUCAGAGUUGUACCUGAACAACAAUGAAAUCUGCGAUAUUACAGGCUGUCUGAAGCAUUUAACCUCAUUACACACAUUGCUGCUGAACAAUAACCGGCUUGCUAACCUGCAGGCAACUGCAACAGAGCUGAAAGGAAUGACCAAUCUUCAGAUUCUAAGCUUAUUUAAUAACCCACUGGCCCAAGAGUCAAGUUAUCGUCCAUACAUAAUCCACUACAUUCCUUCUGUUCAACGCCUUGACCGGCAAAAAGUUGUACAAAAAGAAAGAGACAAUGCAUUUAAAAUAUUUAAUCCAGAAAGAACAGCAGUUAUACAGUCAUUAGGAUUUGGAAGAAGAACAGACUCUGUACUUGCUACUAAAAGCACAUCCAAAUCGUCUCUUCGGAAAUCAGUACCAAGCUCAGGAAAUGAUGGCUCAGUUGAUAGGAAGAACCCAGAUGCACUAGAAGUUCUGUUGCUAAGAACAUACCAACGGUCCCUUAUGCAGUAUUCACUACUAGAUUGGACUAAAAUCCCAUCCGCAAGACAAAAACGCACAGGAGAGCAACCAUUGGAUAAACCUCAGUUACUGACAUUGAAGUUCCGCUGAUUUGGAGCAACAUUCUAUUCUUUAUUAUAACGAAGGCAAGGCACUAACUGCUGUUCCUUCUCCAUGGCAUCAUGUGCGCGGUGUUAUUUAAGUUGUCCUGUCACGGUGCUAUGCUUUUGUUUGUCUUCAUUAGGUUCUGCUGCACAUAUGGAUAACUUACCACAGCAGAAACAAGGGAUUCAGUUUAAUAAAGGAAAUGUUCCAGAGCCUGUUGUUUCUAAAUAUAAAAUAUCACAUUUCCAUAGUCUAUUAUUACAUACCCAUAGAUAAUUGUUUUAAAAUGCCCAGAAAAACAUGAGAUUAUGUAAUUCUAUAAAGUGGGCUAAAUGUAUCCUCAUAUUUUUCCUCAUAUUUGUGCCUUUCUGAAGGGCCACUAGACACAAAAAUAAGAUACUUGCAGAAUGCUCCAGGAAAAUAGUGCUCACUUGGUUUUAUGGUAUCUCUGUACAGAUGAGCAAACGCAGGGGACUAUAGUCACAGUCAGCUAGGCACGUCCCUAGUAAAAUAACACCACAUGCCUGAAUCACUUUUGAACAAAGGUCUAUGGAAGUUGUGGUUUGAGAAAGACAGAAGGCUUUGGCAAUUCUAAAACUACCCCGAGAGUGGGUAACACCUAUAAUAGAACACAAGGGCAAGUACAUGUAAUUAUAUAGCCAGGCUCAUUAUUAUUCAUUUCAUUAUUCAACUAAUGAAAGGAAAAAAAUGACAACUUUGUUUUUUUAUUGCGUCAGUCCAGCAGAUGGCACCCUUAUCCUUCACUCCAGAGAGGUCGGAAAUUCAUGAACGUGAGCUUAUGGUUAGGAAUUUAUUUUAUACAAAGGAAAAUUUAUGAACAAAAGCAUAGAGCUACAAAGACUGUGAAACGGUCAUACUGAGAUAACCAAAUCAAAUUUAAAUGACAUUGCAAAUUGAAAAUAUAUGUUGUAUUUAAACAAAAGCCA